AUGGCCACCAACUGCGGCUCACGGUCAACAAGGCCGAUCCGCACCCUGGCGGUUCUGUUAGUUGCCUCGCUGGCGCUUUUGCUCGUCUUGGCAACCGACAGCGCGCGUGCCUACGACCAAGACGACCUCGACGAUGACUUGGACAGCGACGACAGCAUACCGAGCUUCGUCAAGAGUCCAGAGGCUGUCCAGGCGCAGGCUGACGCCGACGCCUCGCUGCUCUGGGGCACGUACCGUCCGCAGAUCUACUUUGGCCUGCGUCCGCGUCUGCCCGACUCGCUCCUCACCGGCCUCGCGUGGUUCGGGCUGCAGGACUACAGCGGGUUCCAAAAGAUGCGCCACCAGUGCAGCGAUCAGGACGGCAUGAAGGGCUUCACCUGGAAGUACCACGACGGCCGCGAAUUUGGCAUCCAGGAGAUCAACGACAACGUCAACAACUACCGUCUAGAGACCAGCUUCCUCAAGGUCGACACUAGCAACAGCAAUGGCGGCAGCUGGGCUGCGCGGGUAUCAGGUAUCGUCAUGGACCCGGCCAAGCCUGCCGCGCUCACUACCUUCUGGUACACGGCGAUCGAGAGCCUCGGCAGCUCGCUCGGCCUCGAGACGGAUAUCGAACCGGGAUCCGGCAUCGAGCGUCAAGAACCUGUUCGUGUUGCUGGCACGGUGCCUAAAUUGGGCGACUUUGUCCUGCGUAUAGAGGAGCCCGAUGCUGCGCAUGGCAAUGCCAACACCGACGGCAACCAGUUCAUCGGGCGACCGUCCGCCAACACGCAAGCUGGCGACUUUGCCGACACCGCCAGCAAGACGCACGUGUUCGGCAAGCGCAUCCCGACCGAGUCGGUGUGGAAGGCAAAGGACGUCAUCCUCAACGACCUUAUGAUCAACCUCCAGCAAUCGGCCGAGACAUUUGGCCACGAGAACAUGCCCGACCCUGCGGUCACGCUGCGGCUCUCGGACCAAGUUGCACCGGGCUCCACGCUGUUUGCGGUGCAAAAGUCGUUCUCGGGCAACUUUACCUUCGACGUCUUUUACGACAGUGCGACGACGCCCAAGGGUGCACUGCUUUCGUCGGCGGGGCUGACGCAGGCGCUCAGGGCGGCGAGCGAGGCGUACGACCGUCGCUUCGAGAGCACGCUGCGCCUCGCGCCCAAGGGAUACUCGCCGCAGCAGAUCGAGUUUGCGCGCGACCUCACCUCGUCCAUCACGGGCGGCAUCGGCUUCUACCACGGCUCGGCCAUUGUGGACCGCGCGUUUAGGCACGAGUACGAUGCCGAGGUGGGCUCGGGCGUGUACGAUCCCGAAGUGCAUGGGCAGGCGGAUCCGCAGCCGACGGAGCCGGAUCAGCUGUUCACCGCCACGCCGUGCCGCAACAUCUUCCCGCGCGGGUUUUACUGGGACGAGGGAUUCCAUCUGGCGCACAUCGGCGCGUGGGAUAACGAUCUGAGCCUCGACAUCCUGCGCAGCUGGAUCCGGCUGAUUGACGAGGAUGGAUGGGUGGCACGCGAGCAGAUUCUGGGCGACGAGGCAAGGUCGCGCGUGCCCGAUGGUUUCCAGACCCAGUAUCCGCAGUACGGCAAUCCGCCUACCCUCAUCCUGGCGGUCAGCGCGUACGUCGACCGGCUGGUGGCGCGCAUCGAAAAGCGCGGCCUUGACGCGGCGACACUAUCGCAGCAGCACGUGGUGGCGGACUUUGAUGCGCUCGAUGAUGCGCCGAUGUCCGAGAGGAUGCUGGCAUCGGCUGCGCUCGGACAGACGUUCCUGCACGAGAUCUACCCCAAGCUUCGUAGGCACUAUCGGUGGUUCCGCCGCACGCAGCGGGGGGAGAUUCGCGAGUGGGAUCGCGAGGCGCGAUCCAAGACCGAGGCGUACCGCUGGCGAGGACGCACGAAGGAGCAUGUGCUUGCGAGUGGGUUGGACGACUAUCCGCGCGCCCCCGUGCCGCAUACGGGUGAGCUCCAUGUGGAUCUGCAUUCGUGGAUGGGGUCUUUCGCCGAGACCAUGGCGAAGAUCGCUCGCGUGCUCGGACGAGACGACGACGUGGACGAGUACGAGCGCCACUAUGCGGACAUUGUGGCGAAUCUGGAGGAUCUGCACUGGAGUGAGGCGAAGCAGAUGUACUGCGAUGCCAGUGUGGAUGAGAGCGACCAGUCGUACCACGUGUGCCACGCUGGCUACGUAUCGCUCUUCCCUCUGAUGCUCGAAUUGCUUCCGGCCGAUUCCCCCCAUCUGGGGCAUGUGCUGGACCUGCUUGCGGAUCCAGACCAUCUCUGGUCUCCCUUCGGUAUACGAAGUCUCAGUCCGAAGGACGAGUUCUUUGGUCAGGGCGAUAACUACUGGCGCGGUCCCGUUUGGGUGCACAUGAGCUACCUCUGCUUGCGAGCUUUGCGCAACAAGUACGCCACAACUUCCGGUCCACACCAGGCUAAAGCCCAGCAGAUCUACAACACGCUGCGCCAAAACGUGGUCAACAAUACCUUCACCCAGUACACCCAAACCGGCUACGUGUUCGAACAGUACAACCCUGCGGAUGGACACGGCCAGAGAGGAUACCCGUUUACUGGGUGGUCCAGCACAGUCGCGCUCAUGAUGGCCGAAAUCUUCCCCUAG